CCCAUCCAAUUCUCAUAUCACAAUCCAAAACUUACCAACAAAAACCCAAAACAAUGAACACUUUUAGUAACUUGUUUCUUAUAUUCAUAUUGCUAUCUCAAGCAACAUCUUCUCUCUCAAAAUGCCAUCCAGAAGAUAAAAAAAUUCUUCUCCAAAUCAAAAAAGAACUCAACAAUCCAACCUUUCUAUCCUCAUGGGAACCACACACUGAUUGUUGCAACUUCAAGUGGUUUGGUGUUUCUUGUUCAUCCUUAACAAAUGAUCAUGUCACUGAUCUAAGUAUCUCGAAUGUAACACUUACUUCUCGAUUCCCUCCUUCGAUUGGUAACAUAUCUUAUUUACGGUCUCUUUUUAUCUACGAUUUACCAAAUCUCACCGGCAUAAUUCCAGAAUCCAUAACCAAACUCACUAGACUUAUAUAUCUCACAAUUAGUGAAACCGGCGUUACCGGCCCAAUACCAAAAUUCACGUCCCAAUCUAAAAGCCUUGUUAAUUUGGAUCUUUCACAUAAUAACCUCUUCGGAGAAUUACCACCUUUACUAUAUAAAUUACCUAGUCUUUCCGGAAUUCUAUUUAACAACAACAAGUUAACAGGUUCAAUCCCUCGUUCGUAUGGUUACUUCAAUAAUAGCGGCGUAGCUGCUUUAGAUCUCUCUUACAAUAAUCUCUCGGGGAAACUCCCAAUUUCAUUGGCGAAUUUAGAUAUUUACCUAGUUGAAUUGGCUUAUAAUAAGUUAGAAGGUGAUGCUUCUAUGCUUUUUGGUUCCAAUAAAAAGACAUUGGUAAUAGACAUUUCGGGAAACAAUUUUGAGUUUGAUUUUGGAAAAAUUGAGUUGUCUAUAACAAUAACAACAUUGGAUGUGAGUCAUAAUAAGAUCUAUGGUAAUUUUCCUAUGGGAAUGGAAAAUGUAACAUUCUUGAAUGUGAGUUACAAUAGAUUGUGUGGUGAGAUUCCAAAGGCCGUGCCAGUGUUUCUUUCCGAAAUUGCUCCUUCAAGAAUACGUGGAGCAUUGAAUAUACUUUUCCAACUUAAUGUCACUAUUGGCAUUUUGUUUGCUAACCUUGUCAACUAUGGAACCAACAAAAUCAAAGGUGGAUGGGGUUGGAGGCUAUCUCUAGGGUUGGCUGGUAUCCCAGCACUUCUCCUAACACUUGGUGCCAUCUUGGUUGUGGACACUCCCAACAGUCUCAUAGAACGUGGUCGUACGGAAGAAGGAAAAGCGGUACUCAAAAAGAUCCGUGGCAUCGAUAAUGUUGAACCAGAGUUCUUGGAGCUUGUUGAGGCAAGUCGUAUAGCUAAAGAGGUUAAACACCCCUUUAGAAAUCUUCUUAAACGCAAAAACCGUCCUCAACUUGUCAUUUCGGUCGCCUUGCAAGUAUGUACCGAUAUUCCAGCAAUUCACAGGCAUCAACGCGAUCAUGUUUUAUGCGCCGGUGUUAUUCAACACAUUGGGAUUCAAGAAUGAUGCCUCCCUUUAUUCCGCUGUGAUAACCGGUGCUGUGAAUGUGCUCUCCACAAUUGUAUCUAUCUACUCAGUGGACAAAGUUGGACGCCGUAUGUUGCUGUUGGAAGCCGGUGUACAAAUGUUCUUGUCUCAAGUCGUGAUAGCUAUCAUUUUGGGGAUCAAGGUCACAGAUCAUUCGGAUAACCUUUCGAAAGGUUAUGCAAUAUUCGUAGUUAUCAUGGUUUGCAUUUAUGUUUCUGCUUUUGCUUGGUCUAUAGGUCCUCUUGGAUGGCUUAUUCCAAGUGAGACAUUUCCAUUGGAGACCCGUUCAGCCGGACAAAGUGUCACUGUUUGUGUCAAUUUGCUCUUCACCUUUGUUAUUGCACAAGCUUUUCUAUCCAUGUUAUGUCAUUUCAAGUUUGGCAUCUUCUUGUUCUUCUCUGGUUGGGUUUUCAUGAUGUCAAUCUUUGUGUUUUUCUUGGUGCCCGAGACGAAGAACAUACCAAUUGAAGAGAUGAUUGAAAGAGUAUGGAAGCAACAUUGGUUUUGGAAGAGGUUUAUUGAAGAUGAUCAUGACAAUGAGAAAAUAGAAAAUGCUGAUAAUUGUAACUUUUUGUUUUAAUUUGUGCAAUUUUGGUCCUGCCCGUCUAAAUUGAAGCACAAUUUAAACUGCGUCGGUCUAUUACCGCGUUAGCUCCCCUCCAAUUUUUUUAUUUUAAUUAAAUAAUAAAAGAUAAAAAAGGAGGUGGGGGGGGGCGAGCGGCAGCGGCUCCAAGCGAUGACGGCGAGAGGUGCUUGAGUGGAAGAAGCUGAGGAGGAACUGGGUGUUGACAGUUAAGCUUCAGUUGUCAACAAGUAUAAAAGAAAGAACUCAAAAAGAUACUGCGAAUUAAUUUGACAAA